AUGGGGCAAGCCCUCUUCAACCUGAUCCCCGUCGGACUCCGCAUCGUGGCGAUCCAGGGGGUGAAGUCAGGACUCUACAUCGCGAUGAACAACGACGGGCACGUGUACUCCUCUGAGCACUUCACUGCCGAGUGCAAGUUCAAGGAGUCUGUGUUUGAGAACUACUACGUCAUCUACUCGUCGACGCUGUACCGGCAGCACGAGUCGGGCCGCGCCUGGUACCUGGGCCUCAACAAGGAGGGCAACACCCUCAAGGGCAACCGCGUCAAGAAGACGAAACCCGGGGCUCACUUCCUGCCCAACCCCCUCGAAGUGGCGAUGUACAAGGAGCCGUCUCUGCACGACCUCGCCGAGGUUCUCAUCCAAGGGGCCGAAGCCUCCAGCGCCCCCUCCCCGUCACCCUCCACCGUCAUGAACGGCGGCAAGGCCAUGACCAAGACAGACUCCACGUAGGCCUGCCGGCCUACUGGCCUGCCGGCCUGCUGGCCUGCUGGCCUGCCGGUCCGCUGGUCCGCUGGUCCGCUGGUCCGC